AUGGCAGCCACCGUGGGAAACCUGCACUGGCUCCAGGAAUGUCUGCAGAAAGCUGAGUCGCCCAACCAAGCCGAUAUCAAUGGCUUCUCAGCCAUCCAUCUAGCAGCUCUACACGGCCGGCUGGAGUGUCUGAAACUGGUAGUCGAAAAGUUUGAGGUUGAUGUGAACUUGGCCAGUCUGACAGGAUGGACACCCAUUCACCUGGUGAUGAACAAGGAGAGUGGCCCCAGGGCACUGGAGUGUUUGCAGUACCUCAUUGGAAAGGGGGCAGACAUCAAUAUUCAGAACCAGGGCGGAACGUCGCCACUUCACAAGGCAGCCAGUGAAGGACGCCUCAACUGCAUCAUUGAACUGGUCAAGGCUGGAGCUGAUGUCCAUGCCAAGGACGCAGAGGGGCAGCAGCCCAUUGACCUCUGCAGGAUAUGGGCCCACAGGAGCUGUGCUAGGUACCUGAGUGAUGCCAUGUGGAAAAUAGACAAGCGCAAUUUUGCACGUGAAAUGCAGAAGCUGAACCAAAUCAAAAGUAAAUGUCAGCGCUCUGAACAAAACUUCUGGAAGCUAGAGAAGGUAAGAUCACCACAGCUUUAGCACCGGCAGAGCCAGAGCCUCUCCUGACCAUUUUUGGUUUCUAAUUAAAAUAAAAGGUCUUUUGCUGGCCUUGUUGCCAACUAGCAACCUAAAAGGUAGUUGGGGCGGAAAAGACUAUUAAUGCCCAGCUAGUUCAGCCCCUCAGCAGCACUGGUCCCUGUGAGAACUUCUCCAGCGCUCCAGGUGUUAAAGCACUCAACUGUGAGGGCGCUACCCCUUGGCACUCUGUGCCCCAACCCACUGAACCUGGGGGCAAGUCUGCACUACAAAAUGAAUCCCUCUCAGUUAUGUCAGUGUACAGCCACCACAGUAAUUAAGUUCCUUUUGCACGGCCACGCUACACUCCUGGUGUCGACAGUGCGCAUCCUCACCAGAAGCACCUGCACCCAUGGAACUCAGUGUGGGGCAUUGUGGGACGGCUUCCGAAAGGCAGCAGCAGUUGACAUGAGCAACCCAGUAUCCACACUGACACUGCGUUGACAUAACCA